CGGUUCCGUCCCAACACGGAAACGUGUCGAGCGGCCGCGCUGCUGUCAUUAUGGACUUAAAGCGCCACCGCUUAACUCAACUUACACCGUAUUUUUGUUGCGGGGGGGGAAACGUUUUGCAAAGUUUAACGGCCGCUGCGAAGCGACUCUGUGACGGAUGGACGCUGGAAAUGGAGAGAGAGUUCGACCUCUGUUUGUUAGUUGAAUAGCCUUCGCUGCUGCUCCGUCCGUUCAGUCAUGAAACAAAGAGUCCUGGGGGUCACGGGGUCUCCGGCCCGUCUGCUGCUGCUGUCUCUCCUCCUGCUGUCCUGGGGAGGCCAGCUGUUCCAGGUUGGAGGGGUCCGACCCGUCACCCUCCCCGAGUCCCUCCUGUUCGUCUCCACCCUGGACGGCAGUCUGCACGCCGUCUCCAAACAGUCAGGAGACAUCAAGUGGACCCUGAGAGAAGACCCCAUUAUUCAAGUACCUGUGUACCUCACAGAGCCAGGUUUUCUCCCAGACCCCAAUGAUGGCAGUUUGUACGUCCUGGGCGGCAAACACAAGGAGGGCCUGAUGAAACUGCCCUUCACCAUCCCAGACCUGGUUCAGUCGGCUCCCUGCAGGAGCUCCGAUGGUAUCCUCUACACAGGUAAAAAGCAGGAUGUGUGGUUUGUGGUGGAUCCUGAGACGGGCGAGAAGCAAACCAGUUUAACCACCUCCUCCUCCGAAUCCAUCUGCCCCAACGCUCCUCUGCUCUACAUUGGACGCACAGAAUACAUGAUCACCAUGUUUGACACCAAGACGCAGGAGCUGCGCUGGAACGCCACGUACAAUGAUUACUCUGCUCCACCUUACGAUGACAAACAGGACUACAAGAUGGCCCACCUGGUGUCCAGCGGGGAUGGUCUCGUUGUGACAGUUGACAGAGAGACAGGUGACGUCCUGUGGAGUCAGAACUACGGCUCGCCCGUCGUCGGGGUCUACCUGUACUCCGGCGACUCGCUGAGACACGCGCCUCACCUGUCCCUCGCCAUGGAAACGCUGCGAUUCCUCACCUUCUCCUCCGCCGGCGAACAGGAAGACGCGCACUCCACCUUGAAGUGGAGCUACCAGUUUGUGAAAGAGCAAGCCAGCGCUCAGGCACAACUCGUACCCACUCUCUACGUAGGAAAAUUGGACUCCCACCUCUACGCCUCCACCUCCCUCGUCCAUCACGGAGUCUCGUUAGUGCCGCGGGGACUGACCUUGGCUCGAAUCGAGGGUCCGGUCACGGCGGGAGUGACGGUCAGUGAGCGAGGGGAGUGCGAGAUCACACCGCUCACCGAUGUGCGCUAUCCGGCAGGAAGUACAAACAGCCGGAAAAACCACUGGUUGCUAAUAGGUCAUCACGAGCUCCCCCCGGUGGCGCACACCACCAUGCUGAGGGAUUUCCCAGCCGGCCUGCAGCGUUCCGGAGAGGCGGUCAUCCCCCCUCGACCUUCCUCCGCUUCGCCCGCCUCCUACUACCAUCAGCGCUACGUCGAGGCGGUUGCCGGUAGCCGUAGCGACGGCAGCGCCGACGGCGGAGGGGUCGACGGGAGGUCGGCGGGCGAGGCCCAGAGGCCGGCCGCCGUGCUGCCGGUCUAUUUGACCCAGGACCGCCUGACGCUGGCGGUUCUGACGCUGCUGCUGGGCGGGUGGCUGGCCUUCGCGAUCACGUACCCCGUGCGCGCCGCUCAUCAGCUGAAGGCUCAGAGGCAGCUGGAGGAGGCCUUUGAGUCUCGUCUCCAGCGCAUGCAGACCAACAUGCAGACGGUGGCCUCGGCCCCUUCAGACCCCGCGGCGCUUUCUACCGACACGAACCUCUCGUGCGACUCUCCGCCUCCCUCUGCCGACCCGCCUCCUGGUCCUCCCACUCAGAGCGGCAGCAUCCCAGAUGGGGAUCGAAACGGCACAGCUGGACACCAACCCGCAGCAGGAGGAAACAGCGAGGAGGUGCAAGUGGGCAAAAUCUCCUUCACGCCGUCUCAGGUGCUCGGACACGGCACGGCGGGGACAUUUGUCUUCAGGGGUCAUUUCGAUGGGCGGCACGUAGCGGUGAAGCGAAUACUGCCGGAGUGUUUCGAGGUGGCGGAGCGCGAGGUGCAGCUCCUCCGAGAGUCGGACACCCACCCCAACGUCAUCCGCUACUACUGCACGGAGAGAGACCGCCUCUUCACGUACAUCGCCAUCGAGCUGUGCGCCGCCACCCUGCAGCAGUACGUUGAGGAUCCGUCUUGCUUUCCUGAGCUGAAUCCUAUAACUCUGCUGGGACAGACCAUGUGUGGCCUCUCACACCUCCACUCACUCAACAUAGUCCAUCGUGACCUGAAGCCUAGAAACAUUCUCCUCUCCGGUCCCGGUGCGCUGGGUCGGGUCCGAGCCCUCAUCUCCGACUUCGGACUCUGUAAGAAGAUCCCAGAGGGCCGGAGCAGCUUCUCUCUGCGGUCCGGGAUCCCGGGAACGGACGGGUGGAUUGCUCCCGAAGUACUGCGAGACACUCCCGGCAACAAACCGACGGCCGCGGUGGACGUCUUCUCGGCGGGCUGCGUGUUCUACUUCGUGGUCAGCAGGGGGCAGCACCCCUUUGGUGACCCAUUAAGACGGCAGGUCAACAUCCUGUCGGGGGAAUAUUGCCUCUCGCAUUUUAUGGAGGAUGUGCACGAUGACGUCAUAGCGCGGGAUCUGAUCGAGCAGAUGAUCGGCGCGGAGGCGGAGGCGCGGCCCUCCACCGCCUGUGUGCUCAAGCAUCCGUUCUUCUGGAGCCCCGAGAAGCAGCUGCUCUUUUUCCAGGACGUGAGCGACCGCAUAGAGAAGGAGCCGGCCGACAGUCCCAUCGUGGUCAGACUGGAGACGGCGGGCAGAGCGGUGGUCCGAACCAACUGGAGGAUGCACAUCUCCGUGCCUCUGCAGACAGACCUGAGGCGGUUCAGGACGUACAAGGGGAACUCUGUCAGAGACCUGCUGCGCGCCAUGAGGAAUAAGAAGCACCACUACCACGAGUUGCCUCCGGAGGUGCAGGAGACCCUCGGCGAGCUGCCCGACGGCUUCGUCUUCUACUUCACCUCCCGGUUCCCGCGGUUGCUGAUGCACACGCACGCCGCCGUGCACAUCUGCUCCCACGAGAGGCCGUUUCACCCCUACUAUCUACCCCUCCAACGCCAAAUAGCGUGACCCCUGACCAGUACGCGACUAUAUACGCCUAUGCACACUUUCAUGUGAGCAACAGACAGUGCCCCCUUUAUUGCUUUUGUAAAGCCUGCACUGUUUUUGGGUACAGUGCUGUGAAAAUGUUUUUAUAUGGCUUGGGUUAUUUUAUAGAUGCAUUUAAUUUUUCUGCAGCUGUUGAUCAAAAAAACGGUUCUAAGGUUAAAUUAGAAAGCUCUCCUCCACUAAAGCUGCGUACCUAUGUUUUUAAACCACAUUUUAACGUAUGACCCCCCCCCCUCAGAGCUUUUGUAUUUAUUAAAAUGCAUUAAUUUAUCUGUGUGUUUUCCCCUAAACUACCACUGUAGAAACAGGGACCUGCUCCCAUUAGUUUCAGGUGAUUACACACCAAUGAUAACAUGGUUAUCACUAUUUUAUUCCAUUUCUGAUAACAGAGCUCCCCAAAAAAAGUCCAGAUGAGACAGCACCACAUACACAUUGCGCACUUUGUCACAGCACUGUAGGCAACACACAUACACACACACACACACACACACACACACUGGACAGCAGUGUUUUUUUUUUAUAAAAGAUGAAGCGUGAGUUGAACUGUUUACUGCUCUGCUGGAAGUGCCGAAGACGCCACAACCUUUGCUUGGCUGUUUGUUUUCACGUGUUUGAUGUGUGUGUGUGUGUGUGUCGGGCGGCGAUCGCUACGCUCAGUGGUGCAGAAUGUGCCGAGCUUUGCAUGAAGUGUAACAGUACUGUAACAGACCCCGCGGUUUGCCCAUUUCAUUUGUAUUUAAAGACGUUUUCACCACUCCCGAGUGUCCGCGUUGCUUCGGCUUCUCAAACUGACACGAAAUGCUGUCAGAGAUCCGUGAAGCAUCUCCCUGCAACUCCCGGAAGGAGUUUUUCUCUUUCUUUUUCUUUUUUUUUUCAUUGGUCUGCAGUAGAAUGAAUGAUGAAGAAUCACAACUUUUGUACUUUUUUGUGAAUGAGUGAAUUAAACUGAUGCUUUGGGUGUGCCAAAGAACUAUUGGA